AUGAGCUCAUACUUGUCAUCUUUCACCACCUCUGCUGCCAUUUCCGGCCUCGGCUCUCGCCUGACCAAUCUCCGCCGUGCCAUCACUCUAGGCGACGAAGGCGACGACCCAGACAAUGAAGACUGCUCACACAUCUCCAACGCCCUACGAGCCUACUACAACGAAAAAGGCCGCCCAUAUCCGCCCUGGCUCCCAGCGGAUCCCAAAGCCCCAGCGUCAGCCCCCUCCCGCACAAUCGCAACCUCGCAACUCCCUCCGGGCCAAGCCCCCGCCCACUCAGGCCGAAGUGGCGGUCUAGGCGAUCUCUGGGGCGACUCUCCAGCCCAACACCAACAACAAAACCCCCAGACAGCGAGUCUCCGUCGCGGCCGCGGUGGCGUCGCAUCACCCCUGGCCGCAGCAAACAGCGCGCCGUCGGGCUCUUUCCAGUCACCUUCGCACUCUCAGUCGCACUCGCCUUCGCCAGUAUCUGGUCUGCACGGCGCUCGACCACUGCCCAGCCAGCGCUCGGGCUCGUCGCAGUCUUCGCAGAGUCGGCCGAAUCUCGACCGUGCGGGGUCUGGGGGUGGCUCUGCGCAGGACCGUCUACGGGCGCGAUUGCAAGGCGGCAGGUCUCCUAGUCCGAACGUCGAUCCUAGUGUGAGGAAGCCGGUGGGGUUCCCGAAACGGUAG